UUCAGAUAUUAUGCUUCUUCCCCUCCUUUACUGCGUUGAGAUGGUCAUAGUGAUUACAAUUAAGGUAAUGACUCCAUCAAAUUCAGACUUUCCCCUUCCCUCGUGACGUUUCUCGGGGCAGGCACUAGGGGCUAUUUCCCGCUAGGAGCUUGGGACAUCGGGCGGGGCGGGGCAGGGCGGGGCGGGGCGGGGGAGGUGCCUUCGUGGUGCGAAGGGCGGAGUCGGGCCUGCUGGGGGCGGGGUUACAUGCCGGCUGUGGCGCGAGGUAAGCGCAUUGCAGCCGGCAGCCUCUGGAAACCCCGCUGCCUCUCCGGAGGUGGGGGUGAGGGGGGUGCGGUUGGCCGCCCGCUCACCUGGGCCUCGCCGGACACCGCCCCCUCCUCUGCCCCCGCCCCCGUCCCGCGCCGGUAGAGGGCUGGGCAGCUUGGCGCUGCACAGCACAGCCUGGGCCGCCUCAAGCAGCCGCGCGCCGCUACCUCCUCCGCCUCCGUCUUAGCAGCCCGGGCCGCCAUGACCGCUGCCGUGUUCUUCGGCUGCACCUGCAUCGCCUUCGGGCCGGCUCUCGCUCUCUAUGUCUUCACCAUCGCAUCUGAUCCGCUGCGCAUCAUCUUCCUCAUCGCCGGAGCAUUCUUCUGGUUGGUGUCUCUGCUGCUCUCCUCCCUCAUUUGGUUCGUUGCAGUAACCCUUAGUAGCACCAAAGAUGAAUCAGUGCAAAAAGGUUUGCUUAUCUUUGGAGUAUUGUGUUCAGUCAUAAUCCAAGAGGUCUUCCGGUUUGCAUAUUAUAGACUUUUAAAAAAAGCAAAUAAGGGUUUGAUGACUAUAAGCCAAGAGGAGACAUCACCCAUUUCUAUAAGACAGCUGGCCUAUGUGUCUGGCUUAGGUUUUGGAAUUAUGAGUGGAGUAUUUUCCCUUGUUAAUAUCCUGUCUGAUUCCUUGGGACCAGGAAUAGUAGGCAUACAUGGAGAUCCUCCACAGUUCUUCCUUGCAUCAGCUUUCAUGACUCUAGUUAUGGUUUUGCUUCAUGUCUUCUGGGGAGUUGUGUUUUUCGAUGCAUGUGAGACUAAAAACUGGUGGGCACUGAUCGUGGUCGUUGUGAGUCAUCUGCUGGUGUCAGGUCUGACCUUCCUGAAUCCCUAUUAUAAAGCAAGUUUAGCAACAUCAUAUGUUAUCAUGCUAUUCAUGGGUACCUGGGCGUUCUUCACUGCUGGUGGCUCUUGUAGAAAUUUGAAACGAUGCCUAUUGUGCCGAGACAAGGACUUCCUUCUUUCUAACCAGCGUGCCAGAUAACAUCUGAGAAUUGGGACCUCCCUGAACAGAUUUUUGUGUUUUUAGAGGAAGCACAAGUGUGCCUUUUUCUAAAAUUCUUUUUCUUGUUGAAUUUAGAAGAAAAGAAAAUGCUAACUAAAUACGUGAUUCUCAUCUAAUAAGGCUUCUAUACAGCAGCUGUCUGAAAUGCAUAUGUGAAUGAUAACUUCCUGGAAGAAGUCCAAAAAUAUAUGAAAGGAAUAUGUAGCUGUGUCUUUCUACAUUCAGUAUGGUUAAAUUAAUACAUCAAGAAUAUAUUCCUUGCUGAACCUGCAUCUUUUAAGUUAUAGAUCCACAAAAAGUUAAAGGGCUAUAAUUUCUGUGGUCUUUUUUGUGUGUGUUAUUAAAGCAUAUCCCUUUUAGGGUUAGGUUAAUUAAGUUAGUUAAUGGCUUAUGAGACAUAAAAUUCCAAAUGUUCUUUACUCAAAAUAAGAUAUUUAUUAAUUGUUCUAUUUUUGAAGGGUUUUUUUCCCAUUCAGAAUUGACUUUGGGGAUUUAAAAAUUAUUUUUGAAGUAUAGGGAAGUCACAUGUAUUUGUAAUUAAAACUCCAAUCCUUUUAAAAAUUGUUAAUGAUUUAUUUUGUCCCAAUCACAUGUAAAAGCAAUUUUUAAUAUUUUUAAAAGUUUUUCAGUUUGAAAUAUCUCCUUUUCUUCCAAUUACAAAGGCAAAUAAUUUGAUAUAUGCUAUACAUACGUGGUCCUGUGAAAUAUAUUUCCAUAUUAGUCCUUGUUGUGAAACCUAAGCCACAAGAAAAAUGAGAUAUAAAGAAAGUUACCAAAAACACAUCCUUUGACCUGCCCCAUUAGUUCUUUCUCUGGAGAUGAAUAGCAUUUUUCAUCAUAAAUCUUAAGGAAUUGUUUUGGAUCAUUCUAUUGCUGAGAAUAGAUAUUAUUCACAGUUGAUCAUUGUACAAUAUUGAUGUUACUGUGUAUAUUGUACAAUCUAGAAUAAAAAUCCUUAAGGAUAUUAGCAAUUUUACCAUGGAUUCGCUUACUUAAAGCAUGCUCAACAUAGUCCAGAUAGGUUUAGAAAAUAACAGAGAUAACAUUUUUAUAACCAGAAUCUGUCUUAAUAGUUAACAGAUUGCCUAGGAAGGUAUUUGAAAUUGGGAAUUUUUUUUUUUAAUUUCAUCAACAUUUUUCAGCCAUUUUUUAUUUUGAGGUUCUUCCUGGGUUGUUCUUGUGGCUUUCAGCUUAAAUUGCUUCACUGUGCUCAGAUUAUAUUUUAUCUCUGAAUGUCCUUUUUAAGAAGCCAGAUAGUGUGUACUUGAAUAAAGUUCAACAAAGUAGAUAAAAGGUUAAAAGAGAAUAUUAGGAAAACCAGCUAAGUAUUGACUGUUUUACUUUAUUCAUAUGUUAUUAAAUGCUGAAUAGUAUUUUAUUCCCCAAAAUAGUAUAUAAUCCUUUUGACCAUGGAAUAAUAUAAAAUUGAAAUAUAUCUGAAAUUAACAAAUUUAUGCAUUAUGUGAUAUGUAUAUUUUUCAAAAUUAAUGUUUUUGUUUGUUUUGAGUAGCAGAUGCAAUAUUCUCAAUGUUAUUCAACUUUUAAAUCUUCUUUUACCUUCAUUUGUUCAGGAAAAAAAAAACCAGUAAAUCAUGCUGUUAUUAACCAGCAGUUGCUUUAGGGAAGAUUGUGUGGUGUGCAAUGGACAUGAUAGAUAUACAUGUUAAGCUGAUAACUCAACAAAUCCUUUGGGUGCACUAGAAUUUUAGCCAAAAGAGAAGAGUGAAAUACUGAGAAGUACUGAAUGCUAACUUAACAGACUGAUGAAUCUAGUUAAACUUUAGGGAAGUAGUGUAUCAAUGAAGACUUUUAAAAAGAUUGUAACCAUUGUCCUGAGCUGAUUAUACACGAAGUUCCAGAGGGUUUAAGCCUUGUGUGUGAACUUGACUUUUUUUGUAAAUUUUUUGUCCUUUUUAAAUUGCACAUUUCAUUUUUUUGAAUGAAGAGGAAAAUGAAAUCCUAAUAUACCUCAGAUAGAUGUGCAAGGAGCUAUAGCCAUUUCCCUUAGAAUUAUCUAUUUUACUUCACUUCAAUCCUGGUUUUUACCGUGGGUAUAGAGUAGGACAACUUGAAUAUCUCAUUUUCUUGCCUUUAAAAAUUCUCAUUAGACAGGAGAGUUCAAAACAUAAUCCACAUAUACAGAAAUAAAAUCUAUGCAUAAAUCAGGAGUAUGAGAAAUACUCUAGCAAUAGCACUCUAUUAAUAUGUAAGGAAGUCUAGAAUAUUAGAAUAUUUUUUAAAAUCUCUAUUGCAAAAAAUACUUAGUCAUGAUGCAGAAGAAAAUUAUCCUUUACUUUGACACAUUGUUCAUUUCAUUUAGAAAAUUUUCCAUUAUCUAGUGAUUCUAAAAUAGCUAUUAGUAAAGGGCCCUUUCAAGUUCUUUUUUCCUUCUCAUUUUUGCCAGAAUAUGCUGAAGAGUUAGGAUCUAUUAAUUUGAUUGUUUUAAUACUUAGCCUGAUUCUAAAGAAUACACAAAAGGGAGAUUAUGUUCUCCCUUUUUGCUGAAUUUGUAUUAAGAGGCUUUUUUGCCUUUGUUUAUUUAUAAUAAGCCUUAUUAGCCCUUGAGGAGCUUGAGGGAAGAGAUGGUGCUUAUGGAGAGUUUGUCCCCCAAGCAGGAUCUUUGUAGCAUGUAAAAAAAUGAAGUUAACAUGACCUUGAAAUUGUGAACACUGUCUUGCAGUGCUCUGAUAUAUUGGCAUGUGAUAGAAAUUAGAUUUAUUUAAGAAUCUAUAUUUAUUUUUAAAGUCUUUGAAAUUAUAGCAUGUUUUAAAUGGGGAGAUUGUGAUGACCAUUUGUGGUCAUGGUGAUAAAGAUACAGUAAAUGUCUCUUUGGGAAACUGAAAAUUAUAAAUUUGCCAAAAGAAAUAAAUUAUGAAGUCUGUAAACUAUAGGAAA